CGCCGCGGUUUCCGGCGAGACCUUGAACCCGGCAGGGGUCGCACCCGCUUGUCCAUCUGCGCAGACCUUGGGGAGAGCGGCUCGGGUACCUGGGAAGUGUCGUUAUUGUAUUUUACGUCAGUUUUGGCUUUUCGGAGUUAUUUAGAGGCUUCUCUGCCGCCUGCUUUGCGUCCCCCCCCCCCGAUCCGGGCGGGGGUGGGGCCGCGUCGUGGGUGUUUUCGUCGCCGCUCGUUGUCCGCCUUCCGUGGAGUGGGUCGUGAAUCCCAGGGGAACCCUGAGCUCCGGAGGCGGGUGCUUAGCCACGGAGCGCGGUGCUGAUUUGUGUCCUGGAGAUUUUAUUGCUCCGUGUCUUGAAACACAAGCCGCAGGUGCAGGCCUGGUGUAGUCUCCUGUCUGGACAGUGGGAAGAGAGCAAUGCAGAAGGACACCGGCUCACUAGUGCCUUUACAUUGGUUUGGCUUUAGCUAUGCAGCACUGAUUGCUUCUGGUGGGAUCAUUGGCUAUGCAAAAGCAGGUAGCGUGCCAUCCUUGGCUGCCGGACUCCUCUUUGGGGGCUUAGCAGGCCUGGGUGCCUAUCAGCUGUCUCAGGAUCCGAGGAAUGUCUGGGUUUUCCUAGUUACAUCUGGGACCUUGGCUGGCAUUAUGGGAAUGAGAUUCUACCACUCUGGAAAAUUUAUGCCUGCAGGUUUAAUUGCAGGAGCCAGUUUGCUGAUGGUCGCCAAAGUUGGAAUUAGUAUGUUGAAUAGACCCCAUCAGUAGUAAGCAUGUCCCAGCUCGGACUCCAGAAGAAUUCAAAAUCUCCAAACUUCCACUAUUUUCAGUCUAUUAAGAGAAAUAGGUGCAGCAUUUCUACAUGUUCUGACAUUUUACUUUAAAAAAAUAAAAUAACAAAAAACAGCACUGAACUUGAUAGAGGAAAAAAUGAGUGUUACCAUUACAGCCCUACAGAAGUGGUGAGUGUGUAACACAAGAGCUUAUUGAUACCUUCAUGCAAUUUGAUUCUUGUGUAUUGAUGUUAUCUCUUUCUGUAUGUAUCAAAUCUCAAUGUUAAGUCUCAACGUUGGGGACCCUGAGAUCCCAUGCCCUGUUCAGAGAACAAUAUGAAAAAAGUCUCUUUAUGAGAUUCAGUAUGUCUGUUCUUUUGUUUAUCUUAGAGCUCAGACCUACUUUGAAAUUAUGUUAAAAUGAAAUAUCAAUGAAAAUAAAGUUUACUAUAAAUAAGA